GGUCCCGUGCUGCCCCACAGCCCCAUCGUGCAGCGGAUCCGGGAGGACUGUGCUGAGCCCUUCGUGGCCUUCGAGCAAUGCCUGAAGGAGAACCAGGAGUCGGUGCUGAACUGCAGUGAGCACGUCAACGCCUUCCUGCGCUGCGCCGAGAGGGUGAAGCUGCCGGCGUGAGGGGACCCCCCGGAAUUAAAACUCAUGGUCGGAAGCAAAAGAAAACUCUUGAUACUCUGCAUUCUCAUCACAGUGCUUGGUUGGGUCACUGCUCCCCCUCUGAAAAACCCGUGGGUCACUUGGGUAGGAAACGAAAGCCACCUUUUAUUUCUGCAGCUUGUACUGAGGAAUUCCUUUUGUCUCUGAGGACAGCGUUUUGCCUUUGCCCCAAUAAAAAGUAACCAGCCAACACGCUGCUGAAGACUGAAACCCAGCUCUGGCUUUUUCCACUGUUGACAGGAGCUGCUUUUGGAGCUGAACUGACUCCUUGUUUCCUCAAGCAUGGAAUUCCCAGCUUGCCCAGUUUGGGAGCCCCGUGGGCUUUGUGCAGCUUUAGAACAGCAGAGGGAGUCUUCCCACAGCAGAACAACUGCAAACUUCAGAGGAGCUCCUCCAACUCUGAGCCGUCAGCAACGCAUUGAAGAUCUGCUGAGGGUGGGGGGCUGCUGCCCGUGUCCUCGCUUUGGGGGGGGGACACAGAGCCCGAUUUCUGGGCUGUAAUGAAUGGAAAUAAACCAUCACUCUGUAAGGGUGUUUUACGAGGAGUGGAUGAAGAGAUUCUGCCCUCUGCAAACUGCUUUUUCUCGACCCCCGCCGCUCCCAUUCCAGCAUCCGACCACUCUUUCGGAAGAGGGAUUUUUUCCCUAACAUCCAAACUGAGCCUCCCCUGGCGCAGCUUGAGGCCAUGAGUUGUUGUACCUGAAGGGAAAGGUGAGGCGUGGAGCAGGAACUUGGCUGGGAUCCAUUCCCACUGCCAUACCACCCCCGGGUCGCACAGAUCCGCGUUCCAACCCCGGCGUGAGGCCAAGCGGGGUUGGCAGCCUUCACUCAGCUCAAUCCUCCAGCCGGGCAGAGUUUAACUCCUUUGGGGAGAGGUGCAGCGGAUGGCUGUGGCUCUGUCCCUGCUUCCAGCACAGCCCGAAUCGUCUCGACGCACUGCAGCACGAGUGGGAUUUGAGAUGGAGCAGAUGAGAGCAUCCAUGCUCACAGGAAACGCUUUUCCUUUUCACUGAGCAGUGUUUGAAAUGUAAAAACUAAAACGCGCUCUGCUUUCCAAGUGGGGAGGAAAAGGAGACGACAGCUUUGCUCCCAAAAGGCAUUUUGGGAAGCGCUAUUGGAGGAAAAACUUAUUUCCAGUGAUUCUUUGGCGAUGCGUUUAUCCUGAGCAGCGCAGUUGGCGAAGUCUGCAGCCCCAACAGCUUUAUUAAGGGCUGCAUGGGAGCGGAGGUUGCUUUGCGUGCUGUUGACACCGCAUUGAAACGUCGGCACGGUGGCAGCAAAGCCAUUUUUCAUUGUGGUUGAGGUGCUGUGGGCCUCCUCUGAAGCCCGGUCACGUCUCCUCCAGAGCUGGAGCUGCUCCAUUAUUUCUUUAUCGAUGCAUUAACCGCUGAGCUGCCGGGGCGCCUCGCAUGGAGCAGCAGGACCCGACUGAUCCUGAACCUGGGGAUUGUGGAGAUGGAGUUCUGCUCUUUUCCCUCUGCGUUUUGGCUGUGACAAGUGGAAAAGGAGGGCAGAGCAGCAAAGCCACGUACAGGGGGUGAGAAACUGCUCCUGAAAACAGAGGAGGAAGCUGUUAUUUCCAAACCCAUCCACCACGUCUGUGUUUCUACCUUUGGGAAGCGUCCUGAAGGGCAGCACCUGAAGAAUGCAGCGGUUGCUCCGCUGUUUUUUGCCCAGCAGAAGCUGCCAUCUGAAAACAUGGGACAUGCAGCUCUCUUUGUCACUGUGGUUCUGAUUCUUGGCUCCCGUCCUUCGGCCAUCGCUCCAUCCUGUGUUUUAUUGCCCCCGCUUUUAAUUGUUCUCAGUUCUGAUUGUGUUCACAGGUUAAGCAAGGUGGGGGCCGGUUCUGCUUUCCCUUCCCCACUGAGUGUCCCUGCAAGGAAACUCUGAGCUGUUCCAAGCUUCCCUGCGUGUCCCCCCAAACCAAAAACACCCACCCAGCUGGGGGGCAACAAGGAAUAAUUAAUUAAAGUGUUCUGAGCUCUG